AUGUACCAAGCCAUUACGUCAGUGGGAAGCACACUGCUGUGUGAUGUCAUUAUUGGGAGACGAGGAUCACUGAAUACUUUUGUUGUCGCCGUUUUGUUCUGUCUGUCUGCCGAUCGAUAUGAUGAUGAUGAUGAUGAGUACAAUCGAUUUGGAAGUAUUUGUUUAAUUACAGGGCCCAUGAAUAGAGAAAACAACAGUAGUAGUGACAGGAUGGGGAUGCUGGGAUCUGGAUAAUGUUUAGGAUUAUCUACAGAGGUUGUUAUUGCAGUCUACAUUAUAAACUGUGGCAAUGCUCUUUGUGUGAUUCUUUGCAGCCGAUUGCAGGCUCCUUGACCCCCCCCAUCCUUGCUACUGAUCUCAGCACCACCAUCAUGUGUAACAAGACAUCAGUAGGAGAGAACCAACUCCAGAGGAUUAUCAGAGAUCUACACGAAGCAGUGACUGAGCUGAGUAUGGAACACAGAGAGACGGGUGAACCAAUCACAGACGACAGCCCCAACCUGCAUAAACUGUCCUACAAACUAGAAUACCUGCUACAGUUUGACCAGAAGGAGAAGGCAGAUUUCCUAGGCAGCAGGAAGGAGUACUGGGAUUACUUCAGAGAGUGUCUUGCCAAGACCAGAGGAGUUAAUGACGGCCUGCGGUUUGUCAAGGCUAUACCAGAGUUAAAGACAUCCCUGGGUAAAGGUAGAGCGUUUCUCCGCUAUUCUCUGGUCCAUCAGCGUCUGGCUGAUACCCUACAACAGUGUCUACUCAACCACAAGGUUACCAGUGAGUGGUACUUUGCUCGCAGUCCCUUCCUGAAGUCUCACCUCAGCAGUGACAUCAUCAGUCACCUGUACGUUCUCAACAAGGUCCAGUUUGACGUGGCAUCCAGAGGUCACGACCUCGAUGCUGAUUGGCCCACAUUCGCCAGGAGGACUCUGGGGUCUAACUCCGCCCACCUCUGGAAACCUCCCAGUCGCUGUUCCAGUGUCAACAGCCUGGUCAGCUACUCAGGGUUGCAGGAGUUCAAAGCUCAAGAAUACGGUUCCAGUUUGCUGGCUGACCCGGGGGAGGAGUUAGGGGAGCUGGGGGAGGAGCUACUUGGAGUCUCCACACCCUGCACUGCCGCAGACGACCUACGCAUCCUGGUUGACCAUUCAGAGCGCAGACAGAAGGAGCUGCUGCACCAAUCAGAGGCGAGACAGGCUAAAUUGCUACAGCGAAUCAGAGAGCUAGACCAGGAGGCAGAGGGGCUGAGGAACGAGGUCAGAGAGCUGCAGGGGAAGCUAUUGGCUCACAACCAGGAAGCUGUGACAGCCAACCUCAGCAACAUGGAUCUGUUGUCUAAACUAGACAGCCAGGAGAAGGAGAGGGACUCAACGCUACAACAGACCCAGGUUCUGCAGGAGAAGGAGAGGGACUCAAUGCUACAACAGACCCAGGUUGUGCAGGAGGGAGAGGAGAGGGACUCAACGCUACAACAGACCCAGGUUCAGCAGGAGAAGGAGAGGGACUCAACGCUACAACAGACCCAGGUUCUGCAGGAGAAGGAGAGGGACUCAACGCUACAACAGACCCAGGUUCUGCAAGAGGGAGAGGAGAGGGACUCAACGCUACAACAGACCCAGGUUCUGCAGGAGGGAGAGGAGAGGGACUCAACGCUACAACAGACCCAGGUUCUGCAGGAGAAGGAGAGGGACUCAACGCUACAACAGACCCAGGUUCUGCAGGAGGGAGAGGAGAGGGACGCAGCGCUACAACAGACCCAGGUUCUGCAGGAGAAGGAGAGGGACUCAACGCUACAACAGACCCAGGUUCUGCAGGAGGGAGAGGAGAGGGACUCAACGCUACAACAGACCCAGGUUCUGCAGGAGGGAGAGGAGAGGGACGCAGCGCUACAACAGACCCAGGUUCUGCAGGAGAAGGAGAGGGACUCAAUGCUACAACAGACCCAGGUUCUGCAGGAGAAGGAGAGGGACUCAACGCUACAACAGACCCAGGUUCUGCAGGAGAAGGAGAGGGACUCAACGCUACAACAGACCCAGGUUCUGCAGGAGAAGGAGAGGGACUCAACGCUACAACAGACCCAGGUUCUGCAGGAGGGAGAGGAGAGGGACUCGACGCUACAACAGACCCAGGUUCUGCAGGAGGGAGAGGAGAGGGACUCAACGCUACAACAGACCCAGGUUCUGCAGGAGGGAGAGGAGAGGGACUCAACGCUACAACAGACCCAGGUUCUGCAGGAGGGAGAGGAGAGGGACUCAACGCUACAACAGACCCAGGUUCUGCAGGAGAAGGAGGGGGACUCAACGCUACAACAGACCCAGGUUCUGCAGGAGAAGGAGAGGGACUCAACGCUACAACAGACCCAGGUUCUGCAGGAGAAGGAGAGGGACUCAACGCUACAACAGACCCAGGUUCUGCAGGAGAAGGAGAGGGACUCAACGCUACAACAGACCCAGGUUCUGCAGGAGGGAGAGGAGAGGGACUCAACGCUACAACAGACCCAGGUUCUGCAGGAGGGAGAGGAGAGGGACUCAACGCUACAACAGACCCAGGUUCUGCAGGAGGGUGAGGAGAGGGACGCAGCGCUACAACAGACCCAGGUUCUGCAGGAGGGAGAGGAGAGGGACUCAAUGCUACAACAGACCCAGGUUCUGCAGGAGGGAGAGGAGAGAGACUCAACGCUACAACAGACCCAGGUUCUGCAGGAGGGAGAGGAGAGAGACUCAAUGCUACAACAGACCCAGGUUCUGCAGGAGGGAGAGGAGAGGGACGCAGCGCUACAACAGACCCAGGUUCUGCAGGAGGGAGAGGAGAGGGACGCAGCGCUACAACAGACCCAGGUUCUGCAGGAGGAGGAGAGGGAGGUGCAGGAGAAGAGGGAGAUGCAGGAGGAGAAGGAGGGAGAGGAUAGGAAGGUGCAGGAGAAGAGAGAGAUGCAGGAGGAGAAGGAGGGAGAGGACAGGAAGGAGAAGAUGGAGGUGCAGGAGGAGAGGGAGGUGCAGGAGUGGAAGGCGAUGGAGAAGCAGCUUCAGGAGUUGAGGAAGGAGCUGAGGUCCAGGGACAGAGAACUGACAGAGAGUAGAGAAAAGAGCAGACAAUUGGAGGAGGAGAACACUGACAGACUGACUGGGGCGGGGCAGGAGAGAGAGAAGGGAGAGAUGGAUGGAGAGAAGGAGAAGCUAGGGACAGAGAAAGAGACUGCAGAGUGUUCUCAUAGUAAUCUACAUAAGGCUGGUUCUGCAGAGGGACUGUCUAUGGAGAAGAACCAGCAUCUUUCCUCUAAAUCUGAGCCCCAGACGCAGGACCUCUCCCCCUGUCCCCAGACCCUGCAGCUCCUCCACCCGGCUGUGUUGGUGGCCCAGCUGCAGCGGAGCCAGAGGGAAGUGCUACGGCUGCAGACGGAGGUUGUGGAGCUGAGAGCCCGGCUGCAGCUGGGAGCAGAGCUGCAGAUAAGGAGUCAGGUGGAGGGGCUCUACAGACAGCAGGUAGAGGAGCUGGCUGGCCCAGGAGAGGGAGGAGGCUCUGGGGCAGGAGCAGCGCCGCAAGGCUCAGGCUUCACAAGGCCUAGUCUGCUGGCCUCCGCCAGGGAGGAACUCCACAGCCUGAAGACACGCUACGAGGGUCUAGCCUUGGAGCAUGGAGACAUCCGGGAGGCCCUGGACCACGCCAACAGAGAGACAGCAGAGCUCAGGGUCCACAUGUGCAGGCUCACUGCCCAGAAUGAGGAAGCGCGAGAGCGAUGGGAGGCGCUGUCCAACAGGUUUCAGGAGGAGCUGAACACCAGCAUGACCUCUCUGCAGCAGGAAAACCUCGGCCUGCAGGAGCAGCUGCUGAAGGAGCGGGAGGAGAAGGGGAGGCUGGGGAAAGAAGAGCAAGGAAAGGUCAGGGCUCAGAAGGAGGCACAGCAGGAGGAGAUCCAGGCGCUCCGCUAUCAGCUCAGCAACCAGACCAUAAACCACCAGACACAGUUACAGGUUCUGUCUGAAGAGCUGAAGACUGUGAGGUCUGAAGUAGAGGUGGAACAGGAGAAUAAUUUAUACCUGAAGACCAAACUGGAGGAGAUGGAGAGUGAGAAGCAGGACUACCAUCAACCUCUAGAGGACAACACCAGUUGGAUCGCCACAUCACAGAAGCAACAGAGAGAGGAGGAGAUGCAACACAACCUCACCAGGCCCAAUAAAAAAAAAUUUAAAUCACCAUUUCAAAUUUUGCUACAUAAGACUGAAUCAAGGCGGUCGGUCACACGUGAGUCUUUACCUUUCUGUCAUAUGUAUUAUAUCUAUGUCUCUGUGGAGAGCCUGGUUGUGUCUCAGUGGUCCUGUGAGGAGCUGAGGGAGGGACUACGGAAAGCCUGUCAGGACAAACAGAGCUAUGAGCUCCGGACCUCAGCUGAACUGGAUGACCUCUACCGCACCAAAAUCAAUCUGGAGGAAAGACUCAUAGAACUCAUCAGGGAGAAGGAUGGAUUGUGGCAGAAGUCUGAUGCUCUGGAGUUUGAGCAGAAGUUGAGAGCGGAGGAGCAGACAAAGAGAGAUACCUGUAGCAAUACCUCUCACUGUCUCUCCUGCAGCAGUCCAUUCAGCUGGUGGCUUCACAGACAUACCUGCAGACUGUGUGGCCAUGGGUUCUGCUACUACUGCUGCAGUAACACAGUCAGCCUGAUGGAGGGGGGCGCCAGAGAGCGCUGCUGCUCAGUCUGCUACAGCCAGCACAGUGCUGUGGUAGAGCGCCAUCCUCAGGAAGACACCUGUACUGCACCACACGCACCCUUCAACCCUCUGCCCCAACCUGACCUGGCUGUGCCAAGGGCAGAUGAUGGUGCAUAUGGCAUCAUAACAGAAGAGGAAGUUAAUUAUGUUUCCAACAGUGACUCUCUCUCCUUCACUGCCUGCUCUCCUCACACCAACCCCCAGGGGGCAGCAGAGCUCAACGGUGGUGCCAGUACAGCAGAAACCACAUCAGAGGACCUACCUGACCAGACUGGAGCUGUUCAGGAUGCAGAGAUCUGUCUGCUGAGGAGUGGAGAACUCACGUUGCAUGUUCCGUUCAGUGUGGAGGAGAUCAGUGUAUUUGGUGACGGUCUGAGGGAGCUGUUCAUCAGGUCUGGUUGUUACAGCUCCAUCCCUAUUACUGGGUCUACCCUUGGUGCUACCAUACACUGGCUGUUCACCUCACCACCCAAGAGCAUCUCAUUUAGUGUGCUGUACAGAGAGACACACACACCUCUGGAGGAGGCUAAGGUACUGAUCCCUCUGACUCGUUGUCAAUCCCACAAAGAGACCAUGACAGGAGAGCUGAUAGUCAGGAACACUGGAGAAUACACACUCAUCUUUGACAACUCCUUCUCCAGGUUCAUCUCUAAGAAGGUGUUGUAUCGUCUGAGUGUUGAGCAGCCAGUGGUCUACGAUGGAACACAUUGACUGUCUGGAGAGGAGAAGACUGUUCUGGUCCUUUAUCCGCAGUCUCUCUGUUCUCUUUAGAUGAGAGGGUGUUUGAAACAAAGGGACUGACUAAGAUGAGAAAAUCUCUGUUCUCUUUUCGUCAUCUGGCUGUUGUUGUUAUAUAAGAGGGAGGUUUGGUUGUGUUGUUAAAGUAGAGUGCCUGUGUGUCAGUCAUGGUUCUACAACUGGUCUGUGUAUCUGUAGGUCAAAUGAACUGUGCCUUCAGUUGAAUGGACCCAGACAGACUAGAGAGUUGAAUGGACCCGGACAGACUGGAGAGUUGAAUGGACCCGGACAGACUGGAGAGUUGAAUGGACCCAGACAGACUGGAGUUGUGACGUCAUGUAAAACAAGGAGUUAGAAUGUUCCUGCUGCUGUAUCAGGAGGUCUGGUCUGGUUUAGAAAAUAGUAGGCAGAGAAAGGUCAUAUGAAAACACUUAUAUGUUAUUGAUCAAAUUAAAGCAUGUUAAAUGUU